GACGAAAACCAAAUUCCUAUAUUUAGAUCAAUUAAAAAAUCCCAAUUUGUGUAUUGAUACUUUCGUUAUCAGUAAGCACCCCCACUAGUAUAAAGCAUUUCGCAAACGACUUAUUGGUAUUUCAGACGGAAGUUACUGCAGACAAUGUCAUAUAAAUAGAAAGGUCUUAACGUAAGAAUUAUUAGUCCAACACGGAAAUUUAUUUCCUCCCUCUAAUUAUCAUCGCCUAUAUUAAUUCUCAAGAAAUAUUCAUGCAAGGCAUACUCUUCAGUUUGGCUUCGAUAUAAUACUCCACAGUCUGCAGUCGACACGGACACAUCGUGCAAGAUUUCUCCGUUUUACUAUCAUUUCGGAAGAAUAUACAGUGGAGUUUUUUUUCAUUAUGAAGGUAAGUCUAACGAAAGAAAAAAAUCCUCGUAUAUCGCUUAUUUGACGAACCGCAUGCAAAUGUUGUUUGGGAAACAAUAACAAUAAAAUAUGACUACUAACCAAUAGAAAAGGCGCUUAUAGAAACUGGACUCAUGAUUAAUAAGAUGAAAAGGAGAGUUAUCAUUGGAAUGACUGACUGUCCGACUAUCCGAUUUCUCUCAAACUUUAGUUUCAUCAUCCUUUUUCCCUGCACGUGUUUCUGUUUUUGCACAAAUCAACUUAUUACCAGAGUAAGAUUGAUCUUUAUUAAUCUAUAAUGUUUCAACAUAUGUUUCAAGAAUAUGUGACUUUUUUUUUAACAUGUGGUUCAGUCAUUAUUUGAUUUCGUAUUGCAAAAAAAGAGCAUGUACUAGGUAUUCUAAAGUUAAGCCUGUGUACACGCCUCAUGUUAAUUGUGUGACCUCGGGCUCAUAUCAUGCAUAACACCAUAGCAAUAUCAUGUACUGAUCGGAAUCUCCCUCUCAUGUUGUGUCAUUACAAUGCAUUAUUUUGCAAUGACAGGUACUGUUUCAUAAUUUGUAUACAAUUUUUGACACAUACUGUAUGUUCGGUCUCACCAAUCAUGCGAGGCUUAUUGGGAAUUUCGACAUUGAAGUGAAAGAAACCCCGAAAAUCACGAAUAAAUAAACAAUACACAGUAGCUCUAUGUUCUUGAUACGAACAGCUAGAUACCUAAAUGUUCCAUUUGUAUUCGCCCAUUUUUAUUUUAUAACUGUAGUCCAUACAAGUCCUCAAAAUGGUGCGAUCGCCAAGCGGUUUCUCGCUACUUAUUCUCGUUCUUUUCGGCUUCUCCGGACAGAUGUCGUCAGCUACCGCCGGGGUGAUCCCGCUGGGGUUCCUGAAUGUGCUCGAUGAAAACACGACGUCUUUUGAAUGUGGCAAUGGUUCAUACAAAGAUAUCAUACGCCUGGCAACUGGACGAGAAAGCCACGUGUGCAAGCCGUGCUUCCAGUGCCCUUGUGGAGUCAAAGUAUUACGUCACUGCAGCUCAACAACAGAUACGGAGUGCACUGAACAAUGCGAGGAGAGCAACGCUGUCUUCAAUCAGACGCUGGGGGCAUGUGUUUCAUUACUCGGAGUGGUAAAUUGCUCACGACAUGCGGAGCCCCAAUCUUCGGACUACACUACAACAAUGGUAGUGUCAACCUACAUGUAUGGCACGGACUUCGGAACUGAAUCGGGAGGUGAUCUUUCACCUCUUCGUGCAUUCGGCACCUCUCUGGGUAUCAUCGUCUCUCUCUCUAUCGGCACAAUUGCGAUUAUUUUGAUCGCUCGAAAAAAGGGGUAUCUCAAGGGAUUCUUCAAGAAGCCAGACUGUACAGGGUCAUCUCCAUGCAAUAUCAUAAGAACAUCAUCUCCAAAAAUAUCCAGGAGUUUGGUUCGCCGGAAGUACGAAACCUUGUUACAGAGACUGAGCAAUGUCUUUACAGAGGAAGCGACACCAGUGGGUGACAGAGGCCUGCAGAUGUCAAUAGCAAGCAUUCCAAUGGCAACUGAAGAAGAGCCUCUGAUGAUGACGUCUUUGAAUCUCCCUUUAGCUGAAGACAUCCAGGUGAGCCAUGAUGGUGAAGAGCCAUAUUGGUUGGUGAUGCGUGGUUGUUUUACAUCUAGAGGAGGGGUGCUCCGAUGCAAGGACUCGGACGUCUUCUUAGAAAUCCCACCAGGCGCGAUACCAGAAUCAGUGGAGCGACAGGAGAUAGUGGCCAAAGUAGCUUUGGUCACAUCCAGAUUCGAUUUCAAACUCAAGAAGGACGAAGUGUGUCUGUCUCCUGUUGUUGAACUUCUUUCGCCUGGUCUAGAUGCUUUUGAUGACCUGAUAGUCAUCCAUAUCCCGCAUCGAGCACGUAUGGAUCCUGAUUGGAGCUUUAAGGUUCACUUUACGCGUUCUCAUGGGAAGACAGAAGGUGGUUGGCAGGCGGUAGAUGAGGAAGAGGAGUACAAUCCUGAGGACUGUAAACGUGUUGCCUGUCAGCGGUCUCCAUCAGUCGUUACCUUUCGGACUAACAAGACCCACUUUGUCAUCAGGACUCCACACUUCUCCAAAUACGCGUGCUCUGGUUGCGGAAAGAAAAGGUACCUUAAUCUUGAGGCCCUAGUGUCCGCCAAGUAUCAGAAUCUCCCCAACCGGCAGCAGGUUGACCUGAACUGCUACAUUGUGGAUACCAUCAAAGACUCAUGGCAUAGGGUGAAAGAAAACGAAGGACAGCGUCCUCAAUCGGACAAGCAUCCAAUUCAUCUGAAAAGCAAGGAACCACUCUUAGUGUCACUGAUGACUGACAGCACAGCAAUAGGGGAAGAGUGGGCCUGGACGCCCGAGACCUACGGGGGAAAGAGACCAACAAGUGUGGCGAUUCCAAUACGGAACAUUGUUCGCUGCUGCUCAGACGCCGUGCCCUACUUUGUGACAUUUUCGCUGAGGCCCAAGGCAUUAUUCAACCACACAAUACCCACGGCACUCUUUGAAUCGAUGGUUGUGUACCAGCAGAAGGGGUCGAGCUCAGAGCUACCCAUAUCCAUCGCUUUCGAUCUACAAGACCAACACAAUACGGUACCAUCGCUCUCAUCGGUGCCAUCAUCCCCGAAAUGCACCAUCAAUGACCUCAUUGGAAAAGUUGCCAAAAAAAUUCCUGUAAACAAAUGGAAGGACCUCCUUCGCUGUCUCCUCAGUGGUGAGGACGACGUCGAGACCCUGGUCGACGAGCUACAUGUGAAGUACGACGUCGGCGAGGUCAACCACCAGAUGCUACGUAUUUGGCUUCAAAGGAGAGGAAAAGACGCUACAUGUGAACGACUGAGGCAAUCGUUAAAAACUUGUGGGCUUGUCAAUAUUGCAGAAAUGAUAGAGGAUGGUACACAUGAAUGUGGAUCAGACAUCGUUUCGCAAUGUUCUUCGAACGUAUAAUACUGAAGUCACACUGCCUAACCGACUCCACAUCAAAUCAAAACCGACUGAUCUUUUCCACCAGGGAUAAUGUAAUGUUUUGAUCGGUCUGUUGCUGGUCUGGUGUCGGUUUGUUCAGUAUUACUAAGGUAUUCCGUAGAACCGUGAUACAACAGGACCGGGGGACAGGGCCUUCUGCUUCUCUGGAACCUAAGCUGUGGAGUAGUCUUCUGCAAUCUAUCAGGAACGAUGAGUCUGGAUCUACAUUCAUGUCAGCCCUAAAGACUUUCCCGUUCCCAGCUGCGAAAUCAUCUCAAGAUUGAGAACGCUAAUAACACCUUGAAUUGACUUAGAUGCAAUGACGAAGAGCAUUUAUCAUGUAUGAUAUACUAAAGCAAGGACCUUGAGCGGUAAACAGAGAUGGAUACCGGCGCUUAACAAAAGGCAAUCAUCAUCAUCCUCAUUAUCAUCACCAUCAUCACCAACAUCAACAACGGAUGAUCAUGUCAUUAUGAUAUCAUACUAUUUUUAUGUUGUAGCAGGAGCGCCAUUUUUCGAAUACAGAGACCAAACAAGGAUAAUGGGGGAUAAAAUUUAUAUCAACACGAUAUUCUAAUAUUAACAUUAAUUCCUACCGCUCAUCUUUGAUUAAACUGAAAUACGAGAGGUAGGAAACAUUUACGGUAUCGAGAGUUACAUUACUAUGCGAAAAUUAUGACAAAUGCUUAUUCCAUUGCGAGCGUAUGUGCCUUUCACAGGAUGACGAUCUAAACAUGUAUAAUUCUGUUUCAGCCUAUAAUUUUGUUACCUCUUAUUUUUAAAAAUUAAUAUUUUACUCAGAAGGUACUGUUGAGUAAAGUGUAUUUAUGUAGUAUAGUUUAUACUGCAGUUACAUAAUACUACAUUUGCUAAAUAAUGUUAAGGACUGUUCUAUUUGCAUUAUUUUGUGGCAUAGAUGGCACAAAUAAGCUGCAUAUGAAUUAUGCAUUCGACAAACUUAUUGCUGUGUUUAGCACAUUUUCGUUUAAAAGACUACCUCUCAUAUAUAUUAUCUUAAAUAAUAAUUAAUUAUUGAUAACUUGUUUUCAAGACGUAUUGUUAAACAGUCUCUUCUCUGAUGAACUUAUACUUCAACAAGCUCGAUCAUCUCCUAGUUGCUUCCUCUUUGCUCGUGCCAUUACCAUUAUAUUUGUCUUGUUUCAUUGUAUAUUUUGUUGUAAUAAAGUUAUAUUAAAUUGCAAUUAACAUUGCAAUUUCAUUGUAUUAUGUUUUGCAUGAGAAAGAAAAUCAUUUGAAUCUUGAACUUUGAAAUUGCUUUAUGAGAAACACGACACAAUGAGAAUAGUGAUGGUA